CCCAAGCCUGAGAACGCCAUCACCAUCGCCGUGUCCUCGCGGGCGCUGUUCCGCAUGGAGGAGGAGCAGAAGAUUUACAACGAGCAGGGGGUGGAGGCCUAUGUGAAAUACCAGCUGGACCACGAGAAUGAGCCCUUCCUCCCUGGGGCUGCCUUCCCCUUUGUCAAGGCGCUGGAGGCGGUGAACACGCAGCUGCGCAGGCUGUACCCCGACAGCGAGGAGCUCUUCGACAUCGUCCUCAUGACCAACAACCACGCCCAGGUCGGGGUCCGCCUGAUCAACAGCAUCAACCACUACGGUCUGUUCAUCGAGAGGUUCUGCAUGACUGGAGGGAACAGCCCCAUCUGUUACCUCAAGGCCUAUCACACCAACCUCUACCUCUCCUCCGACGCCGAGAAAGUGAGUGGGGCCAUUGAAGAGGGGAUCGCUGCAGCCACCAUCUUCAGCCCCAGCAAAGACCUGGAGGUGUCUGAGGACCAGCUGCGGGUGGCGUUUGACGGUGACGCCGUGCUCUUCUCUGACGAGUCGGAGCAGAUCGUGAAGGCUCACGGCUUGGACAAGUUCUUUGAGCACGAGCAGGCUCAUGAGAACAAGCCUCUGGCACAGGGUCCCCUGAAGGGCUUCCUGGAGGCCCUGGGGAAGCUGCAGAAGAAGUUCUAUUCCAAGGGGCUGAGGAUGGAGUGUCCCAUUCGCACCUACCUGGUCACGGCCAGGAGCGCGGCCAGCUCGGGAGCCCGGGCCCUAAAGACUCUGCGCAGCUGGGGCCUGGAGACAGACGAGGCUUUGUUCCUGGCCGGGGCUCCC